AUGAGGCUCAUGAGCAUUUUCACCUCCUUCUUAACCAACGAGAAAGCUUCGAAAGUUGAACAAGUAAGGUUGGUUACGUGGUUAAAGACCGAACGAAACAUUUGUCGGGACCGAAGAAAUGCCGAACCUCCGACGAGACAACCAGCAACCUCAGAAAAUUGA